UCGGAACUUUUGCACUCCCGCGGAAACUGGAUCGAGGCAGAAAUAGAAGCAGAGAGUCACCCAAAACCAUUCACACAUGAGCGAAAACUUCCUACCAAACAAAACUAUUACGUCAUAGCAACUCGGCUGCGGGUAUAUAUAAGCGCGGACGGAAUCACGGUCAAACAUAGGGCGCUACAGAAUUGAUUAAAGACGGACUUAAGCUUUGACUAGGUUGUAAGUGCUUGCCUCCCUCCUUGCAUUCUCAACAAAAACAACUACAAUAACAACGCAAAUUCUGCUUUAGACUGAAAAAAAAGUAUUCACAGUAUAGGAGACCCUCCGUUCCGGCGAUCAACAAGAAAACGAACUUCUGAAAACGAACAAGGAAAGGCUCACGUGUUCAGACUGAGGCUACGAAACAGAAACAACAUAUAUACAGAGACGGAGACUGUUAGAUUGAACCAGUGAAUUGAAAGACCAGGAAGAAGAAUAUUGAGGCCCUUGCAACGAACGACUUUAGAGCGAAAGAAAAGUUUCUCUGAACUGCAAAUUGUAACUUUCGUCCCUCCUGCCAAAAACACUCCUGCACAGUCAUGGAACCCCAACUUCUCAGCGUCGUCAUUCUCGUUCUCUGCGCAUGUGCUGCGUCUGCCCUUCCGACUAACAGCAGACGAGAGGACCUGAGUCAUCUGGUGACUCUGCUGGGGAAACUGAAGAACAUUGAGCGAGCACGCCAGAAUAGCGAGGGGUCAGCACAGGCGCAUGCACAAGAGGCAUGGGAAGGUCCCAGAGUGUCCAGCUUCCCAGAAACUGAGGUCACAGCUGACGUCAUACCAGACGAAGUGUCAGCGGCCAAGGGGUAUCUCGGACAGAGGCCGGCGACUGGCGUGGUAAACAAGCGACAGGGGGCGUGGUCUUACGAUUACGGUCUGGGCGGUGGCAGGUUCGGGAAGAGAAGCUACGGGGAUUACGGUAUCGGAGGUGGACGGUUCGGCCGUGACGUGGACCAUGUAGAUCUGUCGGACGCCACCGAGAAUGAGAUUACGUCAUGAAGGGCGAGCAGGGUCCGAGUGGGUCAAGUAGAAGUGACGGCGUAAGAAGAAAUAUCUCCAUCUUUUUGUGACAUCACAAGACACAUUUGCUGAGGAAUGAUGCUUGAAGAGGUCGCUUCUACUUGCAAUCGGGUCGUGAAUCGUUGAGAACGAUGAGAUAGGAUUAAUUAAACAGAAAUGAAACCCUU